UUGUGUUCCAGCUCUCAGUUAUCGUGCAGACUUCUCCUGCUUCGUCUUCUUCCUCCGCUUCUGUUAGUUACUAGACACAACAAUGGCUCAUGGUUGCCCCUACUUCGACAUUGACUACGUUCCCCUUUUCGAAUACAUUCCUCCGCUCGGGGUGUCUGUUGAUAAUGACAUAUGUGAUGAUUUUAAUAUCAUCAAGGUCCAUGGGGCAAACAGAUACGGUAUCCUGCUAAAAAUUAUUCAAGCUAUGAGCGAUUUAGACCUCAUCAUCUCAAAGUCCUACAUUUCAUCGGAUGGCAGUUGGUUCAUGAAUUCUUUUCAUGUUACCGAUCCCCAAGGAUACAAAAUUAAAGAUUCAAAUCUCAUAAAGUAUAUGCAAGAUUCUCUCAAUCUCGUUCAAAAAGAAAAAGGAUCUUGCAGCACAACUCAGGUCAAAAUCAGAAACGGCAACAUAGUCACCGUUAACCAUUUUGGCUCAGAUUGUGCCGCCCUUGAAAUUACAUUUUUUGAUCGCCCGGGAAUCUUCUCUGAGAUUUGCACCUUGCUUUUCGAGCACUCUUAUUUCAUGAUGUGA